UCAGUUCUGGGAAGGCACAUCCGGUCUGUUCCGGAAGUGACGUCUUUUCGCUCUGCAUUUUUUCUCUCGCUGUCGCGUUUUUGUUGUCGUGUUCUCUCUGCUCCUCAAGUCCAGCUUUCUGCCCCCAAUGGCCGACAGUGAUGACGAAUACGAUCGCAGGAGGAGGGACAAGUUCCGGCGGGAGAGAAGCGACUAUGACCGAUCCAGGGAAAGGGAGGAGAGGAGGAGGGACGACUGGAGCGACCGAGAAUGGGAUCGUGGGAGAGAGAGGCGGAGCCGCGGAGAGUACAGAGACUAUGAAAGCAGGAGCCGCAGAGAGAGGUUUUCCCCCCAACGGCACGAUCUCAGCCCCCCCCAGAAACGCAUGAGAAGAGACUGGGAUGACCAUGGCUCGGACCCAUACCACAGUGGCUAUGAUAUGCCCUACUCCAGUGCAGCCGGCGGCCCGGGGUAUGGUCCCCCCCAGCCUUGGGGACAUCCAGAAAUACACGUUAUGCAGCAUCAUGGCAUUCCUAUCCAGGCCAGACUUGGGAACUUGCACGAGGUGGAUCUGGGGACCCCGGCCCCCAUUAUGAAGACCUUUAAAGAGUUCCUGCUCUCCCUGGAAGACUCGGUGGAUGAGACGGAGGCGGUAAAGCGCUACAACGAUUACAAGAUUGAUUUCCGGCGGCAGCAGAUGCAGGAGUUCUUCCUCGCGCACAAAGAUGAGGAGUGGUUCCGCUCCAAGUAUCACCCAGAUGAAGUGGGAAAGCAUAAACAGGAAUCCCAGGCUGCUCUGCGCAACCGGCUCAGUGCAUUCAUGUACCUCAUGGAAAACAGCUGGUUAAAUGAGGUGCAACUGGACAUCGCUCAGUCUACAGCCAUCAUCAAGGUGUUGGACGCAGCCGUCAUAAAGAUGGAGGGGGGAACGGAAAUCGACCUCAAGAUUCUAGAUGAGGAGGAGGAAGAGGCAAAGAGAGAGGCUGCAAAGAAAGAGGAAGCACGAGCGACCGAAGCUGAGAAGAAGGUGACGGAGGAGAAGGAACCCCCAGCCAAGCCUGAAAAAGACAAAGAAGCUGAAACUGAAGAGAAACCUGUAAAACCCGAGGAGGAGGAGGAAGAGAAGAAGGUAGAAAAGGAAGAGCCAGAGAGGGAAACGAGAAAGCCUGGCACCAGGAAGCGCAAGAGAAGUGGCGACAGUGACGAUGGGAGUGACUCUGAGUCCGACACUGAGACAGCAAGUCCUAAGCCAAAGGCGGAAACUCCCAGCCAGAACGGUCGGGCCGAGGAUACUCCGAAAAAGGAGGAAGAAACCGAAAAGCAGAAAGAGAAGCAGAAAGAAGACCCAGUGAAACCGCGGCCGCUGCACAAAACCUGCUCCAUCUUUAUGAGGAACAUUCCUCCCAACAUUUCCAAAGCAGAGAUCACUGCGCUGUGCAAGAGGUAUCCUGGCUUCAUGAGGGUUGCGCUGUCUGAGCCCCAACCAGAGAGAAGGUUUCUUCGGAAAGCAUACGUGACGUUCGAUCGCAGCGUCAACAUCAAGGAGAUCUGCUGGAGCGUGCAGAAUAUCCGGCUCCGUGAGUGUGAACUGAGUCCCGGGGUGAACAGAGACCUGACCUAUCGAGUGCGGAAUAUAAACGGCAUAACCAUGCACCGCCCCAUUGUGCGCAAUGAUAUCAAGCUGGCAGCAAGGCUGAUCCACGCUCUGGAUGAGAGAGCUCUGCUGUGGGAGGGGGAGCAGGGGGACCAGAUGGUUUCAGCCCAGAAUCCCAUUCUGAAGAACAUCACAGACUACCUUAUUGAUGAAGUGAACGCAGAGGAAGAAGAGCUCUUAUUUAGUGCGGGAAGGACCCCUGAAACAGAGACCCCCAAGGAAGGGAACCCCACAGAGAUCAGCGUGGAGCGGGACGAAAAGCUUAUCAAGGUGCUGGAUAAACUCCUAUUUUACCUUCGUAUUGUCCAUUCUGUUGAUUAUUAUAACACAUGCGAGUACCCCAAUGAGGAUGAGAUGCCAACGCGGUGUGGAAUGAUGCACGUGCGCGGCCCCCUGCCCCCCAACCGCGUGUCACAUGGUGAAGUGGCCGAGUGGCAGAAGACCUUUGAGGAGAAGUUGUCGCCCCUGUUUGCGGUUCGGGAGACCCUGUCUGAGGAGGAGGCAGUGAAGAUGGGGAAGAAGGACCCAGAACAGGAAGUGGAGAAGUUUGUGACGGCCAACACCCAGGAGCUGGGCAAGGAGAAGUGGCUGUGCCCCCUCAGCGGCAAGAAAUUCAAGGGACCGGAGUUUGUGCGCAAGCAUAUCUUCAACAAACAUGGCGAGAAGAUUGAGGAGGUGAAGAAGGAGGUGGCGUUCUUCAACAACUACCUGAUCGACAGCAAGCGCCCCGCCCUCCCCGAGGUCAAACCCUUGCAGCCGCCAGUUGGUACAGCCGGGCAAGCAUUGGCCGCUGGGCUGCUGUACCCCCACCAGGGACCCCAAGCCCUCCUACCUUACGCCCAGCCGCGGCCCCCUGUGCUGGGAUAUGCAGGCGCGCCUCAGUUCCCUCCUACUCCCUACGGGGCUGGACGUGGAAAUUACGACGCUUUUAGGGGCCAAGGGAUGUACCCUGGAAAACCACGUAACAGGUUAGCGUUGUCUCUGCCUUCCUCCAUUCUGCCUACGUGUCUGUCUGUGCCUUCACACUCUUCCUCUCCUCCCCGCAGGAUGAUCAGGGGGGACCCACGUGCCAUCAUUGAAUACCGAGAUCUGGAUGCCCCCGAUGAUGUGGAGUUCUUUUAAAUGCCCCGCCUUCUAUUUUAGCCGCCUCCCUUUGUUGCACUUUCCCACUGCCGACCGUGCCCGCGCCAUGCCAGUCCCUACGCCCCUCCCAAGGUUUAUUUUGUAGCCGGUUACAGGACCUCUCAGCUGCGGCUGAACUUGGUAACGUUGGUCUUUUUGUUUAAUAAACAGAUGAACUCACUGCUGUGAGCAGCUUUUUA